AGCCAAUGGCCGAAGAGAUACGGCGAUCUCCAACACCCGCAGCUGUGAUUAGGGAAACCUGUGGAGCCAGGGCAGGAGAGGGGCAUUUGAGCUUGAAGGUGAGUGGUGGUGGUGUUAAACAUAGAACUUUGUGGAGUAGGCCGUAGGCGUAUUGGUGGUUAUGUUGCACCAAAACGGCAACUGCUCAGGCCUACAUUUUUGCACACUUUCCACCACAACGGACUUUUCUCGGACUAUUUCUGGAGAGCUUUUUCCCAUCUCAUCCCUCUCUGUUGUGUGGGUACACGUCAAACGAAUGGUUUAGAAUCGAUCGCCUUUAACUUUUUAAAAGUUUUAAUUUGAGUAAUAGACUUUCACGCCGUUUGGAAAAUGUCUGAAAGAGCACAGAGUCCAGAGUGCCAAAUCCGGCCUUAUGACUUCAGCCGGACCAACCACUGCACCCAGGUUUUGGGUCAUGAGAGUUUGGGCAGCGCUGCGCCAUUCCAGCUUCCUCACGGUGUCCUGACAGACCCGAGCCUCCUCUACAACAAAUCAGCUUAUAGUGGCAUCACAUCGGCAUCCGCGCAGACCUUUUUCCCUUUCCCACCCGUCACCGGUGACUACAGGGGAUCCGACCUGACGACUGGAGAGUUUGGGCAACCUAAGCACUGGUAUCCCUUCGCUGCGCCUGAGUACACCGGUCAGGUACCCGGUGUAAUCGCAGCUUCCCAGCCUAUAACCCUGAGUCCCCCCAUAGCCGAAACCCGGGAGCAAAUCAAACUUCCCGAAAUAAAGACUGAGAAGGACACCGGUGAUGACUACUCCACGGAGUUAAAGAUUCAGCAAUACCCAACUGCAGCCUCUGCUGCCAUGUCCCAUGGAGUCUUCUACUCUCCGGCCUGGAACCCGUCCUUCUGGCCCGGGAUCACCCACAUCACACCACCUGGCAGCAAUAAUCAAAAUCCCUCAACAUCCUCUGCUUCUUCGCCAUCUAUGUCCCCGUCACCACCAAGCAACGGACUUCCUGGGAACGCAUUUUUCAGUGUGAACACAACCCAGACUGCCGCCGGGCCCCAGACACAGAACCCGGCCUCCUCCACACGGAGCAGCGGGUCCUCCAGCGGCGGGUGCAGCGACUCUGAGGAGGAGAAUCUUUCCACAGAAGAACUGGAGCAGUUUGCAAAGGAGCUGAAACACAAACGCAUUACCUUGGGUUUCACUCAAGCUGAUGUUGGCCUUGCCCUGGGUAACCUUUAUGGUAAGAUGUUCAGCCAGACGACCAUUUGCCGCUUUGAGGCUCUGCAGCUGAGCUUCAAGAACAUGUGCAAGCUGAAGCCCCUACUUCAGAGAUGGCUGAAUGAGGCAGAGACCUCGGACAAUCCCCAGGACAUGUACAAGAUUGAGAGAGUAUUUGUUGACACCAGAAAGAGGAAGCGGAGGACGAGUCUGGAAGGAGCUGUGCGCUCUGCUCUGGAGACUUACUUCAUCAAGUGUCCCAAGCCCAACACCCAGGAGAUCACACACAUCUCGGAUGACCUGGGUCUGGAGAGGGAUGUUGUACGUGUUUGGUUCUGCAACCGGAGACAGAAAGGAAAGCGCCUGGCCUUGCCACUAGACGAGGAGUGCGACGGCCAGUACUACGAGCAGAGUCCUUCCCCACUGAACAUGGCCCACUCUCCCAUUCCCAAUCAAGGCUACCCUGUUUCCAGCUACCACGGCGCACCUCCUCCCACACUCUACAUGCCCCAGCUACAUCGGCCCGAUGUCCUGAAACAAGGCCUGCACCCCGGACUGGUUAGUCACCUGACUGGAUAAACACGUUCAGGUAGUCCCAGUCAGAACCACAGAUUGCAUCCCCAAGCCUCUCCUCUGUCCAACCUGAAGACGAGCCUCCAAACCUCACAACCACAUCGACCGAUCACACCGGAUCGUGGGAUGAAAACAUUUCGUGUGGAGGCUCUUCUUCUAGCAGUGAGAUGGUUCAAAGUAGUUCCAUAUUCCUGUUUUUAAUGCGACACUUUAUGAACUGCCAUGGGAAACAACAUCGUACCUGCAACUGCUUUGACUUCAGACUAAGAGAAAUUUAAACUGAAUGUGCCUUUUUGUUUGUUUUUUAUGUUCGUGGAUAAUGCUUAGUAAAUUAUUCCAUAGGCUUGCGGGUUUAGAACAUGGCCAAAGGGAGAUUUGGUGCUACAGUAUGUGGUCCAGUUGUGUAGUGAGGAUGGGGUUGUAAAUGCGAGCAGGGUCAAAGAUCUACUUAUGCUAAAUCCCGGGCAGGUUUUCUGUGGUUCAGAUGAAUACAAAUCUGGGUUGUUUGUGCAAUAGUUCUGUGUCCCAUCCGAAUACAGCAGCUGCACAGUUGCUUUUGUAAUGUUAAAUAUUAUAUCUCUUUUACUUUUAUUUUUUUUAAGAUUUCCCUUUUUUGUAUACCAAACCCAGAUUUUGGCCUAAUGAUUGUUGAUUAUCAUCGACGUCGUUAGUCAAUAUCUUAGUGUCAAUGAGGGGGGGGGCGUGAGAUUCAAAGUAAUAUUUUGAGGGAAUGUGAUUAUUGAUUUGUUACUCACGAGUGUCUUAGCUGCUAAUCUGCCAAUUGCACACUAUCAAUAUGUUCUCAGGUUAAUGGCAGAUUAAGUCUGUCCUGAUUUGGCUCAAUUAUGCUGUAACAUUUGUAUUUCAAUACCUCAAUUUUGUUUUUUAUUGUAAAAGGUUUUGAUGUUUAUGACAUGUGGAAUAACACUUGAUACCUUUGGGUGCUCAUUGCAGUAUUUCCCUUGUCUGGGGUUGUUUUUAUUACUUUGACUGUACUGUUCAGACAUGAAGACAUUAAAUGUCAUUUAGACACUCCUCUUGAAUAUACCUCGCAUGACUUUAGAUGCCUUUUGAAUUCAUUACCAAGACAAAACUUUAAAACUUGUCAGUAAAACAUUGAUACACUAAUUUUUAUUUUUAAAGUAAUUGUUUCAGUAUUGAUAACAUUCUUACCUGUGACACACUUUCUCUACAGAAUGUAAAUGGAUUAAAUGAUUUGUUAGCUACACAGAUGUUUUCAAUCAACACCCAUAACCUGUA